AUGGGGUUUUUGGCAGUUCAUAUCUCUCCAAAAUCUGUCGCUAAAGAAUUGGAUGCUCUCUACUAUGUUACAAAGGAGUGUGAGAGCUUCGCAAACACUCCGAAUCUGGUCCUUUUGGGUGACAUGAACGCCGACUGCUCUUACAUCACCAAACAGGCUCGAGACAAACUUCUUUUGAGAACAGACAAGCAGUAUGAAUGGCGCAUUACAGAUGAUAUGGACACAACUCUAUCCCCAAAACAAUGUGCCUACGAUAGGUUAGUUGCUGUUCUGUAA